AUAACUUAUACACGAAACAAAUAAUAAUAAUUUUGCUCUUAUCAUUCGCUUUUUUCCAAAAUUGUUAUAUAUGAAACAAGUUGAAUCUUUGAUAUUUCCUUCGAACAAUUGAAAAGUAAAAAGUUAAUUAUAACGGCUUUAUCAUUGUCGUUUUUUUCACAUUGCCCACAUUGAAGAUCAUAAUUUCGAUAUUAAAUUUUCAAUUCACCGAAUCAAUAAUUUUAUAAAAAAUAACUUGUGCGUUAUAAUUUUACGAUUAUUCUUUUCUAUUGCAUAUUCUUUAUAAUAUACACGUAGACACAACGGAUAUGGGAUUCUAAAUCCUAUGGAAGAUUUACUCCGUGAUUUCAAUCUCUUGUAUAAUUUAUCACCUUGUCAAUAAGUGAGCUAUUCCAACAUUUAAAUAUGUAGGUAUCUAAUUAGAGAACGUUUUACAAUAUCAUACAUUUGUGAAUAUCAGUCUUGAUAAGUAUUCGUUCUUCUAGCAUCACAACUCGUGCCAAUAUAUACAAUGCAUCUAAUAAUUAUAUAUUAUAAUUAUAUAUAUAUAGUUGCCUAGUAGCAAGAAAAUUAUUAGGAAAUUACUGAUCGAUAUGUUGUCAUUAACCAAUGUUAUGUUCCAUAUGAAAUUCCUCUUACUUAAAAGACAAUUUUACACGUCUGCAAACAUUUAGCUGUUUUUCGAAUCAGUAUAACAGCGUUCACAUAUCGUUUCAUUGUCUUAUCGUUCUGUUGUGUACAAACGUUAAAUAUUAUUCCAUUCAUAAGACGAAAAAUCUUUUGAUAUUAUGUUAAAACAAUUGACACCUGAGAAAGUUAUCCACAUUACUGAAUUAGCUUCAACAUUGUGUUGGCCACUUUCUGCCAAUAGUAGCAAAACUCAAGUGUUUAUAUUCAAAGCUCUGCAAAUAAUUAGCAUUAUCAAUGCUUUUAUAUUGCUUCUGCCCUUGUUAUAUUCGGUCUAUCUGCAUUUUGAUGACGUUAUCAUUGUCUCCAAAUGUGUUGCUCUCUCAAUAGGCUUGACUCAACUAAUCACACAGACUGCCAUAUGCAUCGCUAAAUACGAUUCCCUGUAACAUGUAAUCGAAGAAAUGAUAAUCUGUAUCAAAGCAGCACAACAAUACGAAAGAAAAAUUUUCCACAAAUACAUCGAGAAAUGCUACACAUUUUAUGCAUGCUCUAUAACAUGCACGUACCUAACAACAACUGUUUUCAUAAUAGGACCUGCAUUCUCGCCAUCUUCCUUCCCAAUAGAUGCGGAAUACCCCUUUCAAAUUAAUUACACGCCAGUGAAGACUAUCAUAUACCUGCAACAAACUUUGGUCAGUUUUCAAUGCGCUGGACAUAUAUGCAUAAGCAUAUUUGGCGCGCUUUUGCUUUGGUUCACGGCCGCGAGAUUCGAAUGUCUGGCCGUGGAAUUGCAAAGAAUUACCAAUAUUGAUACGCAAAAAAAAGUGAUAAUUAGCUUUCGUUUUAUAAUAGUUUAUGCCAUAGGAGUGAGUACAUUUGUCCUGAUUCUAGAUGAUAUUAUAAUAAUAAUGAAGGCAUCGUUAAUCGUGAAAAUACAGUUCAUAACAUUGAGUUUGACAGUGCUGACAGAAUAUAUAUAUAUAUACGCAUGGCCUGCUGAUUAUAUGAAAGAUAUGAGUACAAAUGUCUCAAAAAGUGUGUACAAUAUAACGUGGUAUAAACAGGCAUUGAGCAUGCAAAAGAAUCUGUUAAACGUAUUGAUGUAUCAGCAGCCAAUAAUCCUUUCUGUUAAUUGUAUAUUGUCAGAACUUUCGUUACAUUAUUAUUGUUCGUAUCCGUCCAAUGCCUUCUCUAUCUUCACAGCUAUACGUGUCAUGAUAGAAGAUAAUCCAUGAUUAAAUUUAUUUAUUGUUUUAUUAUGUAAUUGUUAAAAUACUUCAUCAAUUAAAUUUUUACAUCACGAAGUGAUGUAUUUAAAUAUUUAAUCGACUGUUGUUUCAUUGUGAAAUAAACUGUUUGACUCGAAUUGCAUAUCAAU